GUGGCUGUUCGAGUUGUUUGUUUUUGUUAUCACCAACUUUGUGCAUUAAAAAUUAUUUCCAAUCGUUGUAUAAUUUAUCUGAUCUUCAAGUGAUCUCUCCAUAUAAAAUGCCACGAAAAACGAUAAAAAUUUUACCAACCGAGAUGUUGAUUGAAAUUUUCUCGCAUCUUCCAUUCAGUGCGUUCAAAAGGUGUGCCCAAGUAUGUCGUCGAUGGUUUCACAUCAUAAUGUGUCAAAUGAGGUUCUUUGAGAAGGCUACCUUGCGUAUUGACUUGAUCGGCUGGGACGAUACGAGCAAAGCUACGAAGUAUCUAAAGUGGCUGAUGGUUAGUACGAGACCCUACCGGCAUCUGCACAUCUCAAUUGUCCAGGACAAGUGGCAUCUGGUUCCGCGUUUAGUUCACCGUUUUUCCGAUUCGUUGACGCAUCUCACAUUGGAAAAUACUUGUCCUCAAUAUCCUUAUGAGAUUGAAAAAAGCGUGCUGCAAGGGAUUUUCGAGAGCGCUCAACGUUUGGUGGAGUUUCAGGUUUUUGGGUACGUUCGCAUUGUCAUCAGUAAUCCAUGUCAGAAGAUAAGUUUUCCACAAUUAACGCACCUGGAGCGCCUCUACAUGGACCGCCAUGCGUUUCAUAAUACCAAUUAUAAUUGGGCAGCAAUUGCUCCGAACCUGAGAGAUAUGCAUAUUUCCCUGAACACAACAUGUACUAGCUAUCUGGAGAUGAUCAGAAGCUUCAGCCAGACUCUCGAAGGUCUAGGGCUCGUGGAACGUGAUCGACAGGCAUUUUUCCGGGCUUUGGGCAAUAUUCGUUUUCCAAAGGUUCAGCGCCUGGUUGUGGACAGUUGGGAAAAUCCUUUACCAGACCAGGCGCGGAAAUUUUUCGAUCGUUUUGAACAAAUAACUCAUUUAGACUACGGUCUUAAACUAUCUCUUCCGGUAUUGAAUAUCUUAGUGGAGAAAUUUCAAGACCUGGAAACGAUCAGGUUGCGUAAUGACUUCCCGAAAGAAGUUUUCACCGGAUUGGCUAAGCUGCCUCACCUUAAGGAAGUUUCCUUCCGAACCGAUCAUCACAACAUCGUUAAGCUGGUCGUAACGGAUCCAUUGCAUCAGAUGCAAAAGCUAAGUUUCAACCACUGUGCAUCGUUAGAAGAUCAGUCAGAAUUUUUCCAGCAGCUAUCCCAGAAUGCACCAGUCCUAACUAGUUUGGAGCUUAAUCGGUUAAACAAGUCGCAUACGUUGGAUACCAUUUGUCGAUCAUUUCCAAGCUUACGGAGCCUUGUCAUCAAUUGGCAGUGUAAAAAAUUGACCACCAAAUCUUUCCUGUGCCUCAACACUCUGAACAAUUUGGAACACCUGGGGUUGCGGUGUGAUUUCCAAACCAGACCCGGAUAUUCGUGGGUCUAUUUUCCUGUAUGUCCCUCUAUUCGAAGCCUGUUCCUAUCGAUCCGGUAUCCGCGCUUCGACCCGGCCGAUGCCGAAGAGCAGGAGGAUCAUGAGUGGGAAACGAUGGGGCAUAAAUUUUCGAGUCUGGCGAUGUUGAAACUUUCCGAAUGUGAACCGCGUAUUAGACCCAGACAACUUGCCACCCUGAGAUGGGCACUGCCACGUUACUGCAAAAUCGAUAUUGGGAUGCGACCGGAGCGGAUGUUUCCGCAGAUGAAUCCGUCCACGGUUCCGGAAGUGGUGAUUGGGAAUUGGUAAAGAGAAUAUCGGAUUUAUUAGGCAAGGUUUACAGAUAGGAGAAAAUUAUACCUAACGUAUGCAUAAAACAGUGGACUUUUUUCGGAUGGUGAUAUAAAAAAAAUAAGACAGAUAAAGCUGGAACAAAUAUCAAUUUCUUCUUUUGUAACCCCCCCCCCCCUUUUUUUCGAAAUCUCCAAAUAAACCCGA